AAUCUGUGUUUAUAAAUGAGGCAUAUUUAAGACACAUUACGCACACUAAAGGAAAGAUAUUGCAAAAAAAAAAAAUAAAGUUGAUUUUUAAAAUUAUUUUUUCAACAUAUUGUCUGAAGAUAUGGCACAUGGCAAUUUAGUGCAACAUUUUUUUUUUUUAAAUUCAUAAACAAGUUUUAAUUUACUCAGAACAAUAGCAUAUUGCAACACAUAUUGCAUUUGUUUUGAUAAAAAUAAUGUAAUAAAGUUAUAAUUUAAAAAAAAACAACUGCUGAAUGCAGAUAUUGCAAAAGGUUGAUUUUUAAAAUUACAUUUUCACAUAUUUCAACAUAUUGUCUGAAGAUAUGACACAUGGCAAUUUAGUGCAACAUUUUUUUUUUAAUUCAUAAACAAGUUUUAAUUUACUCAGAACAAUAGCAUAUUGCAACACAUAUUGUAAUUGUUUUGAUAAAAAAUAAAAAUAAAAUUAUAAUUAAAAACAAACAAACUGUGAAUGCAGUAAUGAACACUGCCCUGGUCCUCGCUCUUCCUCAUCCCGUCUCAAAAAACCUUGACAGGAGUUUGAAAUGUCCGGGCUUGUGUGGGAGGCUGCCAUUGGCCCAGGAGGAGCUUACCUACAUGCAAAUGAAGCUGCCUCUGAUCCACAGCGUGAGGAGGAGGACCAGCAAUACACUCAUGUUCACCGAGCUCUAGAAAAAACACCUUCAACUCCUUCAAUGUUAAAACUCCACAAUUAAGAGAGAGAGAGAGAGACACACAGAAAAAACAGAAGAAGACAAAAGCUUCUUUCGUAAUUUCUACGCACCAAUAACGGAAUACAAAGAGAGGACAAGACAGAUUCAAGGCGAGACUUCAAUUACUGUUAUGAAGCGAGAAUGAGUAGCGCAGAAGACAGCGGGAGCAAGUGCUCGUCGGGCCCGAUUUCAAGCUUCACCAUCCAGUCGAUUUUGGGCACCACAGCGUCCGAUGCGCAGCGCUCCGGGAAGAAGGAGCUCUCCAAGAAGAAAGGACCGCUUCUGCCGCUGCCGCUGCCGCCGCCGCGGAGGCGCUCUCUGUCGGUGUCCUCCGAGGAGGAGUGCAGCGGCGGAGAGGACUCAGCGGACUGCUUCUGCUCCGACACCGGCCACGGAGAGCCAUGCAGACAGCACCAAGCACACAACUUCUGUUUAGGUCCCGCCAAUAAAGGACUCCUGUCCGGUAAUGACGCGCUGCUGGCUCGGCGGCCGGUGCACCUGCCGCUGCUGCAGGAUUACAAGGAGGAGCAGGACAAGAGACCGUGCCAUCAGAUGUCCCCGCUGUCCGAGGAGAGACACACGGACGGCGCGGACAAGCAGGGCAACAACUCCUCCAAGAAGAAGACGCGCACGGUUUUCUCCCGGAGCCAGGUGUACCAGCUGGAGUCCACCUUCGACAUGAAGCGCUACCUGAGCAGCUCGGAGCGCGCCUGCUUAGCGUCCAGCCUGCAGCUGACGGAGACUCAGGUCAAGACGUGGUUUCAGAACAGGAGGAACAAAUGGAAACGGCAGCUAUCGGCCGAGCUGGAGGCGGCCAACAUGGCCCACGCCUCCGCACAGACACUAGUGGGCAUGCCGCUGGUUUUCAGAGAUAACUCCUUACUGCGCGUUCCGGUUCCUCGGUCCAUCGCCUUCCCAACACCUCUCUAUUACCCAGGGAGCAGCCUGCCAGGGUUACCUUUAUACAACCUGUACAACAAGAUCGAGUACUGAUUGACUCUGACUCUGUAUGUCCCACCACUAAAAAAGAUUGCAGCAUUUACAAAAACAAUACAUCCUUAUAAUAAGUGUCUCCACAUAACCCCCCCUGUAUAUUAUUAAUUGUAUCACUUUAUUUGUUGAGGAAAUUGUUAUUAUGCAGCAACUGUCACAUGAAAGCAAUUCCCCUAAAUGUAUAAAAUACACCAUGUGUAUAAUUAAUUACAAUCAUUUUUGUACUUUUAUUUCUUUUUUUUAAUUAUCCUUCCUUUAACUGAUAAAAUAAUUUUGAGUUUAACAUUCAUAUCAAGAAAAAAAAAAUCCACAAUUUUUUUUUUUAUUCAUAAUUGGUUUCUCACAUAUAUUGCAAUUUUAUUUCACCUGACAGGAAAAAAAAACAAUUAUUCCAUUUAAAAGGAAAAAUAUCAUUGUUUCUAUUGUAAUUAUAGACCUUCAAUAAUAACCUUCUCAUUCAAUAAAUUUUCUAUUUCAGUGAAAA